UAAAAUAAGCCGACACACAACAACUCCCAAACACCACGUAGCCCUAACAUUAUCUCCAAGGAACGUUGGGGGGCAUUUUGAGUGGUCUUUCUUGCUUUCCGCGCAAGGAAAUUAAAGACACGCGCAGCAGGGCGGUGAGUUGAUUCAAUGCAUUAGAGCGAGAGAGAACCACAGAAAACAAAAAAGGACCGCCGACUUAAAAUAUUACCCCGUCAACGCCAAGGUUUCUCUCAGACUCAUCAACGGUGUCGUAUAAUUGCACUGUUCCUCUUCUAGUGAGUUAGGGUUUUCUCUCUGUCUGAUAGGCGCACCGAUCUCUCUCUUAUGUCCUUACAGAAAUUUAGAAAAUCAAACCUCGCUAGAUCAAAGUAAUUAGUCUCUAGGUAUCGUUGACAGGAGCGGAGCUACUCAAGGCAGUAAAAUAAAUAACGAAGUGGCUACAUCUGUAAUUUCGAUACGAUUAUGUUGAAGGGGAACAUGUACAAAAUGAACACUAACAGCAGUAUUAUUAUUAGGCUUUCCAGUUCAGUGACUAGAACUUCUUCACUGCCUCUGAGUAUACAUCCAGUUCUAGGAAACACUAUCUUCAGUUAUCUUUGUGGAUUUGCCAGUCAUCUUCAAUGGCAUCGUGUCUUUGAAACUGGCUGGAGGCUAGUUUUGUUGCAUCUUUUUAGCUUUGAACUUUUGGAUUUAAAGUUCUUGAUAAGGAUUAAUAUAGUAGGUAGAAAUGGAAGCCAGGAUCGCAAAGGUGUUGGAUAGUAGUCGUAGAGUUAUGCUUGGGGUGAAGAGAAAACGAGCAUCCCGCAAUGCAGCAUAUUUUUCUGGUGCUUCUCAUACGGUGUUGCCUGAGUGGCUCACUCUGAAUUCAAUCCAUAAGCCAGGGAAACGCAAGAAAUUGGACGGAAGCCAGAGCAAGCCUUGGAGCUGUGGGCAUCCUUCUAGACGGUCUUUACUUCGGUGCUACUCAAACUUCACGAGGACUGGGGUGCCACAGCGUCUGAUGUGUUAUCAGAAUGAGGAAUGGACUGAUUUCCCUAAGGAUCUUGUUACUUUGGUUAGGAAAGAUCUUCAAGGGAAGAAGGCAGUUGUUGAGGUUGAGUUGGAGGGCCGCCGCUAUGUUAUCGACUUCUUGCAUAUGUUGCGAAUGGACAUGAAGACAGGUAUUCAGCAACCAAUUGCCUGGAUUGAUGAGGCAGGUGGCUGCUUCUUUCCAGAAAUCUAUGCUGAUGAAGAUGAACCACAUCUGUGCUGCCAGCAUGAUUGUGCAAAAGAUCAAGGGUCCAUUUUUAGGGAGCCUCCUGGGUCCCAUGAGAUCAAGCUGCAGCUUGAAAUUGAUAUAAAUGGAGGGGAUCAGUCAAAGUUGGAGUGUAGUGGAGAGUCAAAUGGUCUUGUCAAGCAUAUCCAAAUUGCUCAAAAGCCUACGAGCGACCACCAUCUUGUAGAAGUGGGGGAUAGUUACAACAGGAAGACUGGUGAAAAAAUUGUUGAAUCUAAUGAGGAAAACCAACAGAUUAAAGCAAAUUUAGUCACUGGGACCGAAUCUUUUACGCAAAUGUUGGAUUCUGAUACUGUGAAGAAGAUCUUUGUUACAAGUAUGAACCCUUUUGGUGGUGCAGACAUAGUAGAUAUUUCUCGCUGCUCUAGUACUUUAAUGCCAGUUCGAUUUGAGCUUUUCCAGAAGCAGAUUGAACUAACAGAGAAAUAUCGUGGAGAUGCAAAUGUUCGAUAUGCUUGGCUUGCUUCUUCCAAAGGAGCACUCUCCACUAUCAUGUUGUAUGGGCUUGGACAUUGUGUGCCAUGCACAACAAAGUCCGAACAUGGCAUUGGCGUUCAUCUCUCUGCAGCAAACUUUUGUCACACCAGUGCAAAUUAUUGUGAUGUUGACGAAAAUGGAGUGCGGCACUUGGUAUUUUGUCGAGUAAUAAUGGGAAAUAUGGAGCUUCUUCAGCACGGGAGCCGACAGUUCCAUCCCAGUAGUGAGGAUUUUGAUAGUGGAGUGGAUGAUCUUGAAAAUCCAAGAGAGUAUAUAGUCUGGAAUAUGAAUAUGAACACCCACAUUUAUCCAGAGUUCGUUGUUAGUUUCAAGUUCACUCCCAACUCAGAAGGGUUUCUGGUUGGGAGUGAGAGUAAGCAUUCUGUUUCUGGCGUGACCACUUCUUCUAAUGGAGGUCAGGGAUGUUUACCAGUUGAGUCCCCUGCAGUUGAUCUGAAUGUACCUGUAGAGUCUUCUGCAGUUGAUCUUAAUAAGUCCCCUGCUGCUGAUAUGGGAAGCGAAAUUCAACCAGUUUCGGGUUCUGGGAGAUCUCUUGGAAAAUCACCAAGUCUGAGUUCAAGCAAUACAAGAACCCCUAAAUCUCCAUGGAUGCCUUUCCCUAUGUUGUUUGCUGUGAUUUCAAAUAAAGUUCCAAGCAAAGACAUGGAACUCAUAACUAACCAUUAUGAACUGUUCAGGGAGAAGAAGAUAAGCAGGGAGAAUUUUGUCAAGAAGUUGAGGUUGAUUGUUGGAGAUGCUUUACUGAAGUCGACAAUUACAAGUCUUCAAGGCAAGUUGCCAUCCGAGUGUGAAGUCCCUGUGGCUAAACCAGCUGCAGAAGGCUAAGUGGUGUUUUGAGCACAGCCAAAGCACCCUUAAUGCCUGCUGUUUGUCGGAAAUUGAGGUGAAGUUUGUUUGAUGCUUGCUUGCUAGAAUGCGUCGACAUGAAUUUGUGAAUAUCCUGUCAAAGGACUGUAGGUCUUAGUUUAUCUAGAAACUGCUAGGUUAUUUCGGUAGUCACCCUUUUGUUAGUGAUGGAUUACUUGACUUGCUUAUGACUCUACUUAUUUGUCUUGUUUUGCUGAUCAUGUCCCAGCUUGGUUAAUAAACAUUUGGAUUGUUUUGGUGU